AUGCUGACCGCUGCGCUCCUCACCCUGCUCCCGCUCCUCGCUGCUGCUCCGACCCCAUCCGCGGACGCCCUCAACCCGUACCCAGAUGGCCGACGCUUAACUUUCACCAACGGCAGCUUCAAGCUGGCGCACUUCACCGACCUGCACUACGGCGAGCGUGGUGCGAACAACGGCUGGUCGGCGUGGGGAGACGAGCGUGGUCGCAACUCCACCCGCGUCAUGAAUGACUGCCUGGACGAUGAGAAGCCCAACUUUAUCGUGUUUGGCGGUGACCAGACCAACGGCGAGAAUGCACUGAAAUCCAACGCGACCGCGUACCUCGACUGGGCGUUCUCCCCCGCCCUCCGUACCCAGACCCCCUUCGCGACGACUUACGGCAACCACGACCACAGCGUGUACAUCACCCACAGCGCGAGCUACGACUUUGAGAAGAACAAGGCCCAGGCCAAGGCACUCUCAUGGACCCAGCGCAACCUCGACAGCUCAGUAGACCCCGAGGGCUCGUUCAACUACUACAUCCCGGUGUAUGCCGACGCGGCCGCCACUGUCCCCUCUCUCCUACUGUGGUUCCUCGACUCUCGCUCUGGCGUCUUCACCGCCGCCACGAACCCCGAAGACUGGGUCGACACCAAGGCGGCUAGCUGGAUCAACUCGACAGCCGCGAGCAUGAAGGCGGCCUGGGGCAAGUUGCCCAAGUCGCUGGUCUACGUUCAUAUCCCGCCCACAGCGGCCCUCACCAUCCAGACCAAGGACGUCAACCCCAACCCCUCGGCGUAUCCCGGCAUCAACGGUGAGGUAGUCACCAACCAAGGCAAGAGGGCCGCCGCGUUCAAUGUCAAGAACCCCGAGCUUGUGUUUUGGAACGCCGUCACGGCCACCCUGGGUGGAGUCGAUGGCCAGGGCCUAAUCGCGCUCACCAGCGGCCACGACCACUACAAUGACUGGUGUGGCCGUGACACGGGCAUCGGGCCGUUCACGUUCUGCUAUGGGCGUCACACGGGUUACGGUGGAUACAGCGACCUUCCCCGCGGUGCUCGUCUCUUCCAGGCCAGUCUUGAUGCCCGUAGCGAGGUGGACUCGCUCAAGUCGUGGAUCUGGCUGGAGAACCACUCGACGCAGAAUACAAACACCCUUGUUCAGCAGGGAAAGACGACGCUCCUCAACUCGCAUGAUCCCAAGCCAAACAAACUGUAG